AUGGCGGGAGAAACGCCCGCCACGAACUCUACCAGAGCUAUCCCCGUACUCAAUACAACUGCAACAGAAGACCCAGAUCCAUAUGCCUUCCUUGACGACUACCUCAAGCAGGAUAAUCGAUGGACGCUUCCUCGUUUGAUAUGGGACAUAGUUGCGGAAUUCCUCUGCAUCCUACUGGACUACGCUGCAUUGCUGAAUGCUGCCUUUUGGCGAAUCACCGACAUCGUCAUCAGCCAAUGGGUAUUUCCGUCAUCCGCGGCAGUCAUUUUUGGCCAGGCCAUCCUCCACGCUGCCCUCCCGGAAGGACCGACCUCAGCGCCCGACGUCCGCAUGGCGAUGCUCGUGGGAGCAAUCGGCGGAGCCGCAACCUGCGCGAUGACCCUCGUCGCCUUCAUCUACCCGAUACUGGUUCGAGGAUGGUAUCCGUCAGUGGAGACCCUGCGGUACGACAGGAUCUGGAAUCCAAUAUCGGCGAUAUACGUGCAUGCAGUGGUUGGCGCGGUGGGCGCGGUGAUCGUGAAGGCCUAUCUCGCUGAGGACCAGGAGUCGGCUAUCCUGGAUCCGGUUUAUGCGGCGCAGGCAGGCGUGGUCGGAUCGCUCGUAUUUUGGCUAGUGAUAGUCCUUGGAGAAGACCCGGAGCUUCAGAGGUUUAGGUAAAGUUGCAUCGCGGGCUCU